GUCGGAAUUGUAAAUAUAUACAUAUGUGUGUACAUACAUUUUAUAUAUAUCUUAUGGAUAUGAACCGAACGACAACGUGCCAAGAGGAGAUCGAACGAAACUAGUAAUACAUAUUUAAAAAUCAAAAAUUUUAAAUUAACACAUAAUUCGUUUUACUAUGGAUUUAUCGAAUAAAUUAGAUUAUUGCUAUGUCGAUUUAUCCUACUACAUAUAUGUUAUGUCGAUAUAUUCUACUACAAUGGACUUAAUGAUGGAUGGAUUAAUCAUCGGAGUCAAUCAUAUGAAAAAUUCUCCAUCAUUUGAUUAAUUAACCUCAGUUAAAACCGGUCAGUUUUGAAUGUGGACUGAAAACUUUCCUAUAUAACAUUAUCAUUUUGCCUACAAAUUCAUAUACGAGUAACAAUUGUACAAUUACGAUUUAAUAAUUUUUAUUAUAUUCCCGUUUACGGUUUUGAGAUGAUUUAAAAAUCCCAAGCAAUUUUAAAAUUGUGGAACAGAAUCUUUCGUAAAACACGUUUCAAGACUUAAUUUCUCGAUCAAUUUGCAAAGUUGUUUUAAAAAGUUAAUUUCGUAACCAUAGCUUUUUAUUAGCCAUUUUUUGUUUUAAUUCCUGUUUACUAUUAAAAAACACAAUGUUAAUUUUUAUAAGUACUUUGCUGCUAUUUUUGUCUGGCAGAUGAAUUCCUUAUUUGAAUAACUUGCGUUUCAGAACGCAUUCAGCUGUCAGUUGACAGUGGGAUUUCAUGCCAAUUCGUUCUCAAAACAAUGCGAAUGUCAAGCAUAAAACGAAGCAAGCGAAUAACAAUCGGUUUUCGGAAAAUUUUCUGCUGCGACCGUCGACGUUGGGUGAUGACCAAUUCAUUCGCAACUGUCGCACUGUACGGACAUAAAAUACGAACACGGAAACGGAUACGCGGACCAAUACAUUCAGAAUACAUAAUUUUUUUCUUUCUCUCAAGAGAAAGAAAAUACUUUAGAAAUAACUUUCUUUCGGGACGGACGAAGCAACAAAACGAAAACAUAUUUCAAUUAGAAAAACCAACAAGUUUUUCAUAAAAGAAAAGUGAAUUUAUGUUUUGAAUGCGUGAGUGAGAAGUAUGUGGUGAUUCAGUAAAAAGUAGACUUUGCAAAGUGCAGAAUAGGUGUGAAAAAAGUAGAAGUGGCUGCAGUGGUAGAAGUUGCAAAAGAAGAAGCAAAAAAUCGAAUUGUGGCAAAACGAAGCGAGUGUAGUGUUAAUGCAGCAGAUAAAACAUAUGUAUGUAAAAGUUAAAACGCAAACCAGUUUUAUUUAAACGGACUGAUUUUCAAGCCAAACUCAACUAAACAAUUUAGUAAAAACAAUAACAAACAAUCCAACGAACCGGCCGACCAACUCCACUUGAUGCGACACCAUCAUUCAUUUCAAAUGUUGUAUGACUCAUAUCUCAUCAAGCAAAUCAUCUUUCUGGAGGGAUAAAACAGGUUCUUCGACUGUUUUCUAUUCAAUGUUAAUGCAAUAUUACGCUACCAAAUGAAUAAAAGGUUAAUUAUACAUUAAUAGAGGCAACAACACGAAACGCAGGCGCAAACAACUGCAACGACAAUAGCAUUAAGAGAGCACGAACAAUGCACAUGCCCACACACACACGCUUACACAGCAACAACAUUACCAUUUGAAGAAAUAAACAACAACGCGAGUGGCAACUGAGACUGCGACGCGGCAGAGGCAAUAAAUCAGUGACAACAACGGCAAAAUGUUGACUGUAGUUUAUCAACAACAGCAGCAACAACAACAAGAGCCGAUAACAACAUACAACAACUUUAUAGAAACUAAAGCACAAGACGAACAUAAACGACGUCUCGCCACACGGCUGCUGCCAAAGAAACGCUAAGCACCGCACCGGCAAACAAAGUGAACUUAAUACAAAAGUGUAAACAAAAAUACAAAUUACAACAAUACAAACAACAGCUAAGCCAAUAUACACGUAUAUGGCGCUUUGACAGCAGCUACAGCAACAACAGUAACAGAAGUUGCUUGUAUAUGUGAAUACAUCACUAAGCGUUAUUGUUGCUAUUGUCAAGUUUUUUUUUGCUGGAUCAAAGCACAUUGCUAGAACAGCGCUGCACCGUAAGCGUAAGCGUAAGCUAGAAGCAACCGAAUACUUGGAGCUGGUUAAUUGUUGCACGUCUUAGUGAACACUUUGAAGUGCAGCAACAAGCAGCACCGACACACCGUACGCGCUGAGGUGUUUACACAAGUGAUAGCUGCAAUAACUUAAGCAUUAGCAACAAAGCAACAACAACAACGAAGCAUAUAUACAAGAGUUGGAUAAAAUAGUAGAACGUAGUGGCAACUCACAAUUAAAUUGUGCGGCGAAAGAACUAUUGAACACUGUGCUGAGUGGAGAGAAGUAAACAGGUACACCAAAAGCAACAACAACAGCGGUCCAUUUUGUGGGCCGACCAUGCUGAUUGAGUGUCACAAAUAGCAGAAGAACGCAGCGCAAAGCAAAAGGCAGAAGGCAAAAAGUUACGUCCAUCCGCAUUGCUACUUAAAACAAACCCGUGUAGGCCUGUUGUCAACUAUAAUUGCAGAGCCAAGAAUUUUCGCGUUUAGUUUUUGUGUUGCCAUGCGAAGUGAAACGGCUCACAGCGAAAUAGUUGCAAAUAGAAUAGCAUUACGUAGCGCAGCAUAGUGCAGCGACACAUACACACUUACAUAAAAGCAUACGUAUAUAUGUACUUAUAUGCAUUUUUACUUAUAUAGGCGAGUCCACAUACAUAUGUAUUUAUAUUGCAUUUAGUUUAAUCUUACUGCAAUUAGAGACAAGAACAGAAGCGGCGUAAUUUUUUUUUUUGUUUUUGACUUCUUUCAUUCGAUAUUUUCGCUUUACGAAAGCGCUAAAUACAUGCACAGACGCAUUUGCCUACAUUUUGGAGUUGCGGCGACAAAGCAUUGGCGGACAAUAAUCCACACAGUACAAACGGAAUUCACAGCGCAACGACGUACAUACAAAACUCUGCAUAACAACAACAACAGCAACAGAAAUCGAAUAAAAAGUUGCAAUUGAAACGCAACAGACAAGCAGCAUUUUUCAUAGCUAACGGCAGCCACCAGCGCCUGGGAAUAAAAAGCACUUCAUUUAGAACAGCAAACGGGUGUUUUUGUAUGUUGUUUUUACGUUUUUUUUUUAUAGCCGGUAGAUUGCAUGCAAAAAAGCAAAAGAAACUGCAGGGAAAAAUAGCCAACGCUCGCUGAGUGGCGACAAACUGAAAAGAAUCCGCCGAGCGUGACUGUAAAGUGUGGAAGCAUUAAAGCAAAACGGCGGAUCAGUUUGCCAGUAACAAAAACAGCAAAAAAUCAUAACAACAAUAGCGCACGUUUGCAACAAUAGCAUGCGCUAACGGUAAAGCAGCCAUUUGCCUAAUGAAGCAUUAGAUCGAGCAGUAACUGCAAGAGUUUAAAGCAAAAACAGCAACAAAAUUCAAACAGCGCUUACAAGCGCAACAUUAGGAAAAGCAUACCAAACAAAAACAACAACAGCAACAAUGAACAGUGCAACGCAAUCACCAACAGCAGCUUCGCCGUCAGCGGCGCGACGUCCCAGCGUGACUGCCAAUGGCCUUGAGUUAACCACAACGCCUCCAGUAGCGCCCGCGCGACACAUGCGCCCCUUGCCCGCACAACGCGCCGGCAGUGGCUGUGUCAGCGGCAAUGAUAGCAGUUCAUCGACAACCACCUCCUCGCCACCGCAAUAUAGUGAGGACUUACGGCGGGCCAACAUGCCCACCACAUUGGACUUACUGCCACGUCAAGGUAGCGUCUCAUCGUCUAAAACCUGUGAAAUCGAUUUGGGCGAUGAGGAGCGUGACACUUUUUCGCCUGUAAGCACCGCUACAAACAGCAGCGCGGACGAAUGUGCUGACGGCAGUAGUCCCAGUGAUGGGGCUAUGCUUGCUGCAGGUGGCGGCGUUGAUAACGUUGGCAGCGCGGCUGCGCGUACGAUCAACAAUGGCGGCGGCGCAUAUGAUAAUAAAGCCUACGAUAGUGUACAUUUGACUACAGCAUCACCAACGCCAGCCGCGCGCUUGAAGGUGUCCAAUGGCAGUGGUGGUGGUGGUGUUGCUGCUGCAACUGGUGGCGGUAUUCAUUCUACAUCGAAGGAGGAGAAGCAGCGACAGAAUGAGGAAAUUGUUAUUAUGGAAACGUCGUCAAUUUCUUCAGAAACUGGCUCAUGGGAAUCUGUGUUUCCACACGCUAACAGUAUUGCCACAGGUAGCGUGGUGUCAACAGCCGCAGCGAGCGUACCCAUUGCUGGCGUUAGCACAACAGCUGUUGGCAAAGUGGCUGAAGUAAACUUUCCUGCUUUUAGUACAGAAUUUUCUCAUGGUGAAAAUACACUGCCGACAGCCCCCUUUGAGCUGCCGAGGGAGCGCGAUAAAUGCGGCGCAGCAGAGCUGCAAGUUAAUUUACUUAAAGAACCUGAUAUCGCACCCUACCUACGGGAGCGCACGUACUCGACAGGAGCGUCUGUAACUGCAGAUACCAGCUCUUUAUUCACUGGCAUCAGUACACAUUCGCUGUUGCGUGAUCUUGAAAGACGUGAUAAUCCAAUGGAUUCUUCCGGGCAUAGCGCUUGUUUCAUUGACGCAUCAUCGCUGCGUGACGAAGAUGAAGUGCUAUUCUUCCCAAGUCUGGAUGGACAGCAGUCCAAUGAGGAUGCUAAGGAUAUUGAAGAGCAUGUGGAAGAGCCAACGAAAGCGGUUGGUGGAGAAGAUGAAGAUUCACCUACUAAAAAACUUGAAUCAUUCCAUAAAGCAUUUGCCAAGUGUAAAGUGAAAUCUAAAGACUUGCCUGAAACUGCAGAAACGUUUGAUACGUCAAAGUCAAGUUCCAGUUCAAAUUCUGGUGCAGAUUCGCCUCAGAAACAAAUUUCGGUUGCCUCUGCCACUUCCACAAAUAAUCUCUCGGACGAGGAAAAACUAUGGAAACGUGAACACGAAAAUCAAAAGCCGCCACUGAAUAUCGAAGUCAAGGAUGCUGCUGGUAAGGCUCAACAACUUGCUACUCAGCAAGAAGAUGCCACUGAGGCCUCGGUUUCCUUAGUCGCUGAUGCUGAUUCCUCGGACUCCUCGGAAAUCGUUAAGUUGCGCCGUGAACAAGAACAUAAGCCACGACCAUAUAUUUUUCAGCACAAUAUGCAACAAUUUAGUAUUCAUCCGUUGGCGGUGAGCCCUAAAUUUUCGGUGCACGGCACGACAGGUACCAACAUCUCACAUUCAACUACAGUUAAUGCUGCACACAAUGAUCUCAGCUACACAACCGACUACUCUUCAUCCAGUCCUGCUCCGAGCUUAAUUUGGUCCGAACACGAGCACCGUCCUAGUCUAAGCGGUCGUCCACAUGUCGAUGACUAUGAUGGACACGCUCAUAAGGCAUUUACUCACCCGGACACACCGCAUAACUCAAUAGCACACAUAGAGAAUGUCUCAAGCAACAACUCUUCCAUACAUCGCGACUAUACAAUGUCUUCUUCAUUAUCUCACCAACGCGAUUCCGGCGCAUAUUGCAGCGAUGCCACAGACUCACCAGUACCAAUGCCGCGCACGCCAAAACGUUCCAAGUUCGACGAAUCAAAUCCCAUUAUUUCGGGUGGGGCCUCAAUUAAAGAUUUUGCACCCAAACAAUGUGAAAGCCCACCUGUGCAUCGGCGUUUAGAGUCGUGCCCAAUCGUCUCGGGUGGCUUUGCUUCGUUGGAUUUUGAACCAACACGUCCGCUGGGUGAUGAUGAUGAGGAUCAAGUAGAGUUGCGUUCGAGACCAAAGACACGUAAAACUAUACCUGGUAUUGCGUCAUGGGUUGUCGAUAUGAGCGAUUGUCGUUCGGAGCGUCGUAAAAGCACCAGCUCAACUUCGAGUAUGGAAGCAUCUACAGGUAAAUUUCGGGAACGUUCCGACUCGACAAGUUCGCAUAAGAGCGGUUGCGGCUUUUAUGUUUCUUUAGAUAAUAUGGAUAAUAAGCCUAAUACCGAUGAUCUCAAUAAAAAACCAAUGAAGCCGCAAAUGAGUAAGUCGUACACGGCACCGAAACCGGCCGGCUUCUUUGUAAAUCUCUCGAAGAGCGAAUAUGCAACGGCCGAUGAAGUAAAACCUAAAGAGGUGAAGCCAGAGGAUCCAUUGACUGCAGAUAAGAAAAAUAUAUUUAGUAUGUUUAUAGAUAUAGGAGAGAGCAAGAAGCCAAUUGGCACACCAAGAAAGGAGCCAUUUAGUUUAGUGCAACGUUUAUCUAGUUCGCAGGCUGCUCAAAGACGCACUGACGAUGUGAUGCGUUCAAGCGCAAGCUCGACGGAAACAUUAAUGGCAAAAAGCAGUAGUUUAAAGAUGAAUGCAGACAAUGAAAUAUGUGGGGAGAGUAAGUCACUAGACUAUAAAUGCAACCUUGAACCACCCAUCACAGUUGCGGCUAUACGACGACUAUCACAACAGCAGCGCGCUCAAAGCGACGCAACAAAGCGCCAUUCGUGGGGAACUAAUCCAUCAAAAGAAGGUGUCACAUGUGAUUACAAACGCUCCAUUAGUCUUACAGCAAAUGGCGAUUCAAAGGAUAAAGGUGGUAAUGGAUUAAUGAGUAUCAUAGAUAAAAUACCGUUAAUAUCGAAAGCGUCAUCUCUGUCGGUGGACAGCUCGUUGUCGCCUUUCGACGAAUACACCGGUUCCAAGUCUGAAUUAAGCACAUAUUCCAACAAUUCAGCACGUAACUCUGUGUCGGGUGGUGAACGUGAUGAUGAAGUUUUCCUCGCUGGCACUGGUGCCGCUAACGGUGGACGCAUCAAAAAACGACGCCGCGAUGUACAAAUCAAUGAAACAUUUGACAAAAGUAGUUUGGCUUCCAUAACAGACGGUGUGCUGUCAAAAGAUUUGUCUCCAGCCUCGACAACGGAUACUGAAGACUUAACUUUCCAGCAGGAUGAGGAACUGGCGAUACGUGAGGCUGCACUGCAACAGCUACAACAACAGGUGCCCUCAAAUCGCUCAUCGGCUAUUAUUAUGGAAACCAUAAUUGAGGCCAAAGAAACCUCUUCGCCUAAGAAAAAUGCCUCCGGUCACACCAUGGAGACCCUACAUGCAACCAUAGAAAAACAAAAAAUGCUGCUCGAAACGGUGAAUGAACAUGGGGAAGUUGAAAAAAGUACAUUUGUGAAGUUAUCUGAUAUGGAUAAACCUGCAAAGUUCGAAUUACACUCGCCCGAGUCAAUGAGUAAGAGUGUGGGUAAUCAUCGUCAAAUCAAUCGGUUAUUUCGUGAUGAUUCGAAAACGCGGCCUCAUUCAUGGACUAUGACACGUUCUCAAGGCAAUAGUUUCCUCAGUAUAACUAAUUCUGUUGAGAACUUGCGCAGUUUAUCGCGUCUCUUCCCGAAUUUUUCGAAAGAAUUCUCAAACUCUUUGCCGAACGACAUUAUCUGUGAUCAAAUGGACUACAUACAGACAGAUAUCAGCGGCGAUUCGAGUCUAGCUUCGAGUAUCAGUCGUUCCGGCAUGGAUGAGUCUUCCAUAUCGUGCCGUCAACCACGCAGAUUGGGUGAGGAUUUGUUGAAAAUGUUCCUGCAAGAGAUUGCCACAGACAUGAUCGUUGAAGUGCAUGGCCGCCGCAUCAAGGCGCACAAAUGCAUUCUACGCUCCCGCUGUCAGUAUUUUGCGGCUAUGUUAGCUGGUAGCGGUGCGCAGAGUGUAGUCUCACUACAGGGUUAUUCCUUCUCGGCAGUACAUUUUGCUUUGUGUCACAUUUAUUCCGGCGCUUCGCAUCCACCCGACGGUAUUAGUUUAAUGGAGUUAGCUGCUUUAGCUGAUCUCCUUGGCUUAGAGGGGCUGAAGGAAGUUACUGCGCACGCCUUGAAGACGAACUAUUGUCACAAUUUUCAUAAGCCAUGUUCGGGUUGUAUCGAUGGCAUACUGCAGGUCUUACCUGUAGCAUUAACUCACUCGUUAGAUGAUUUGUAUCGCAAGUGUUUGCGUUGGACUUGUCGCCACUAUAUGAAAGUAUGGCCAACACGUCAAUUUGCUCAGCUGCCAGCAGACAUAUUGGGGCGAUGUCGACAGCAAAUAGUUGCUUACAUGACUUCGGAGAGCGUAUUGGACACAGUCCUCGAUUGUGAUAACUUGCUGACACAGUUGGCGACCUACCGUUGGGGUGGUAUUUGUGAGAGUCUUGUACGUGAUAUAUUGGACGCCGCCUAUACCUACAUUGCCGAUCACUUUGCCAGCCUGAUAGCGAGUGACUCUUUCUUAUCGCUCGGCCACGAUCGUAGCUGUCACAUACCACGUCUAGAGAGUGUUCUACUGCGCACAGCAUCGUCGCUCACACCAGAUCAGGCAUGUCGCAGUUAUCAGCGUGUGACACGCCUCAACACUGUGUUGCAGGCGAAAGUCAUACAAAUGCCGGCGAAUCUCGGUGAAUUGGCUAAGGAAUUGCAGGGCUUGCAAGACGAAGACUUAGAUUGGGAUGCUGAGUACAUACGUUUAGUGAGCGCCAUACUGUCCGCAGUGGAGCAAUGUCUCAUUCGACAGUGUUCGCGAGCUAUGCGUGUGACUGCUUGGCAACGUAUGGAUCUCGAUUUGCGUAAAAAGAUACAGACAUUGGCGCGACUUACCGAACCAAUGGAUCUGAAGCGCAGCAAACCAGUGUCCAAAGCGUUCACGUUUAGUGGCAGCACACGCAACCAAGACCUGUAUCAGGUAAAGUUGGCAAUACAGGCGCAUUCGAAGCGCGCCAUGGCACAGGAUACCCAACUGUAUAAGGCAACGCAGACUCAAGAGGCGGGUAAUGUGCAGACCACCGAGCGCGGUGUGCAGGCCAACAACGAUAUACGUGAAGGCACAAGUAAAAUUCUUAAAUCGAACACCCGUGUCCAUGUGCCUCAAGCGCUUCGCGCUAGCUCACAGAGUGCCACAACUUCCGAACGCAACAGUUUAAACACACAUCGUCGCACUCAAUCCGAAGCGCCAAUGCAUAUAAAUAAAGUCACCACAACCGCACCAGCUUUGCCACCAAAACCUAUAAACGCCGAAGUAAAAAGCGACACGAGCAAGAAAAUAGCAGCACGUCUGUCUGACGUGCGUCCACGCUACCUAGAGCCACGCAAAGUGCACGCGCCAACAGGUUUUGGCAACGGUCCAGUGCGUAGCGCCACAAGUUCCAGUAUACCAGCCACUACCAAAGGUAAAGGCCGUCAGAUCUCAUCUAGCGAUAGUUCGCGUACUUCCAGUCCAGCCGCGCGUAAAACCGCGAACCAAAUCGGGCGCAAAUCCAUUAAUAUGUCACUAGACAGUUUGGCGUCACCAUCGCGCCGUGGCCGUACCAUGCGUAUGAAGGCCACCGACAAUGCCGACCGUUUUUCGGAUCGUGGUGGUGAUUCGCUCGGCGAUAGCAUGAAAAGUUCUGUGAUGACAAAUAAAGCGAUAUCGCAGGAAUCACUUUCAAGCAUAAAUAAGCUGUCGCGUUCGAAUCCGAUCAUUGGUAACAGCGCCAAACAGUCGGCAGCUGUCGGUAGUAAGUCGCAAAACGGCAAGAUGUCUAAUGGAAUUGUGAAGACGAAUCGUGCUGCAAGCAUCGGCACCAAACCGCCAAAGCAUUUGCAGCAGCAAAAUAUAAAAUCAACCGGUUCGAGCCCUUCUUCGGUGACAACAACCAAGUCAGCCGCCAGUCGCCUCUCAUCCGUAUCAUCUACACACUCAUCGCGCGAUAUGUUUAAAAAUCGUUCGAUAUCGAUGCCGGGUCAACCAGCGUCACAGAGCACAGCUGGUAGUCAACAAACAUCGGGAAGUGGCCCGCGUCAUAGUUUUUUAUCUGCUAAAUCACGUGAGAUUCUCGCUAAGCGCGCGGAGAAAAACAAAUUACAACAGCAACAACUACAACAAACCGCCAAUAGCUCCGGUGAUGAACGGAGCAAUACGAACGCCGUCCCUGCACCCACCAAUAACCAACAAGAAAAGCAACAACAACAUCCGCACACCGGUCCAAUACGUUCCGCCUCACACACAUCCGUCACAACGACGUCAAAUGCUAAUUAUACGCGCAAUUCGCUUCCAUCGAAUAUACCGACACGUCGCCCCAACUCGUUGCAACUAAAGAAAACAACAAAUAAUCACAUAGUUAGCAAUAAAAAUAAUAAUACUGUUAAUCAAAUGACACAUUUGAAUAAUAAAAACAAAAUCAUUAACGCCACCAAUGGUGUGUUGAAGGCAGCGCAUGCGGUCAAGCAGAAAAUCGAAUUAUUCAUCGAUACGUCCACGUCAGCGGCUGGUCGCGGUGAGAAGUCAACGCCGCCACCAACUCAAAAAAAUAUCGACCAACAACAGAAACCGACACGUGUCGAAACGAAAUUGGAGCGUUCGAGUACGUUUUGCAAGGAGUCCUCCGAUAUGAACAUCAAUGAAUUGCAGAUUAUUGAGUAGAGAGAGAAAACUUAAUGCGACUUGGCGAGAGCUCAACCGCAAAUGAGUUUACCAUCAUAAGAACAAGAUAAUAAUUAUGCAAUAUUACCCUCCUGGAGGCUGGCAAUGCAAGGAACAGCUCUACGAACGCUUUGAUCAAAACAACUACUCUAGUCAAUAACAAUGGAACAUUGCUAGCUAUGAAAGACAAAUCUAAAAAGGCGGUAUAUAUAGAUAUUUUGAAUAAUAUAUAUACAAUACUUAUACGUAGUUGUCAAUAAGCUAAAAUUUGCGAAAACCUGGACAUAACAGCAACAUUAAUCAAAAAUGGCCGAAAGUCAUUAAAAACCUAAAAACCAUGCAGUAGAUACAUGCAACAACAAUUAUUCGUAUAAUGGCAUACCUAUCACAAAUCUACAUACACUAGCUGCAUAUACAGAAUUGUAGUUGAUUGCGAAGCGAAAAUUGUUAUUUCAAGAACAAAUAUAUAUGAAAUUUAGUAGUGUUUGUUACCGCAAAAUAAUCCUCCUCCACAAGGUCCAUAAAGUAUAGACAAACGUUAUACCUAAAUAACGCCAGCUGUGUGCACAGCGGUUAGCAAGGUAUUAUAUAAAGAUGAAGGAAAUUUAAUAAUAAUUACUUGAAAUUUUCAAAAGUGAAUUUACAACAGGAUCGAACUAUCGAUGCUAAGGUUUUAGAGGUGUAGUUGAAAGGUAGACUUUCGUGAUAUUAUUUACAUAUAAUGCAAUGCUUCGUUUCUUUUUUGCAGAAAGUGCAAGCAUACAUAUGCAUAUAUGUAUAUGUGCAUGCAUAAUUGUGAGUGUGCUUUAGGAUUUUUAACUUUUGAAUUUGAAUUCGCACCAGCGAGCCUUCGACCAAAAAUAAAUAUUUAAUCAUUGCUUAUACGCGUGCAAUAAUUUUUUUUUUGUUUUUUCUGUUUGCUUGUGCCACGAAAGUGAAAGAUCGCUUAAAGCGAAUCGAAAACCCUUCCGCCCCAUUCAACAAAUUUAUAUUUUUUGUAUUUAGGAUAUGUGCAAAAUUUCAGCAAGAAGCUGUUUUGUGCUAUACCAUUUGAAAUGAUUUUAUAUUUAAAUAGAAAUGCACUUAACUCCAUACACAAGCGAUAAAAUACAUAUAUUUUUGCCAACAUUGAUCUUCAAUUACUUCGAAUGCGCUAUUUUGCUUUUGCUAUUAUACGCAUUAUAUUUAUAUUGGAUUGUAUGUGCAUAUUUUUUGUAUUAUUUGGUUUACUUGCUUCAUUAUUAGCUAUGAAAUGCAUUAGGUUAUACACUCUCCAAUAUACAUACUCGUAAGUGUAUAUUAGCCUAUUAAAAUCUUAUAUAAUAUUCGUAAGCUCAACAUACAUUUUUACACGAAUACUGCGAAAAGGACUUAAUUUUAUAAAAUGCAGCAUGAAAUUUUAGUUUUAAGUAACUCUACUAUACAUACAAACAUACAUAUAUACAUUUUUGAGCUUCUAAAUUUAUGCUUUGACAUUUUCUUUUGAAAGUUUGCCAGUUGAUUCAAUGUUGAAUCUACAUAAAUGAAUGUAAUUGGUCUAUUGGCUGGCUGCAUGUUAGCGAAUAUAGAAAUUCACAAAUUUAAGUGUGUACGUUACUUGUAUUAUGCUAUAAAAUAUACAUUAAUAUUAAAAUUAAAAAAAAAAUGGAAUAAAAUGUUUUUGCUUUUUCAAAGAAAUACAAAUAUUGCAAGAAACCCAAGAAAUGUAUUAAUAAAACAUUAAUAUAACAAAUUCAGUAA